CAAACGGGCAGUGCCACAGAUUGCCAAGGAGUGCGCGCAGUACCAGGGUCCAGUCUGGCUGGAGAGGGUUUUGAUGUGGUGACGCUGUCACGAAAGGGGGCGUACGUGGUGAACGUGGAGAGCUGGAGUCGUCGGGAUGGGGCCUGCACCCUCUGUAGGAACACACUGAUGGGGGGUAGGUGGCAGCGGCUCCCCCUGGCCGCAGUGGACUGGCGGGCUCUGCGUAAUUGUCCCCGGGUUGUGUCCAGUCAGCUCUUUCACUCGCUCUCCGAGCUCAUAAAGUCGAUCGGCUCCAGUGUGGAUAACAGCUGGAGCGCUGGCUUAAAUCUAAGCACUCGGCACUUGCAGUCAAUUAGUACCACACUGGCAGGUUCCAAAUCCCAGGAAAUGUCUUUUGCCUUGCAGAAGGGCAAAUCAGACCAGUACAGCUUCGCCAAACAUGAGUUCCGUUGCCUCCUUUACCGCUACCGCCUGAAGGACCAACCCCCCCUGGCACCCCAGUUCUCUGCCCGUCUGAAGCAGAUCACCAGCACCUCCUACAAGAGAGCCCGGCGCCACUACCGCCAGCUAGUGCAGACUUUCGGAACUCACUUCAUUCGCUCGGUCGACAUGGGCGGCUUCUACAGGGAUGUGACAGCCAUCCGCACCUGCCAAGCUGCUGUGGAGGGCAUCACUCUUGAGGAGGUGAAGGUCUGCCUCGGGAGAGAGGCCAGUUAUCAGGUGGGGGCGGUGUGGAAGGGCAGACCUCGCAGAGGUUUCUGUAAGAAGAAGGCUUGGUCCCUUCACCAGGCCAGAAGCUUUCACCAGGCCUUCAACGAGAGGCUGACAGAAGCCACGGGGGGCCAUUCUAGUGGUAAAACAGAUAUCCUCUUUUCCUCUGACCCUGCCAACUUCAACCGAUGGCUGAGAAGCCUGAAGGUCUCACCAGGUGUCAUAAAAUACCAAGUGGCCCCUCUCCAUCUCCUGCUACCUAGCACUGACAUCCGUCGGGAGCAUCUGAGGCGCUACCUCAGCGAGUACAUUAUGGCCAACGCCAUGAAACGUGACUGCUCCAGAACCACCUGCCCCGCUCCUGGGAGGAAAGGCCGCUCCGAUCGCUGUUCCUGUCAAUGUCCGGAGAGCUUCUGGGUGGACCGUCAGUGCUGUGCCAAGCAGAAGGGCAUGGGGCACCUGGUUGUCACUGUCAAGAGAGGCUUCGGUCUCUAUGGCGACUAUACAACCGGUACCGAUGGUUUUGUGGUGGUCGCUUAUGGUAAGGUCAAAGGGCAGACCGGGGUGGUGAACAACAACAACAACCCUACCUGGAACGCCAGACUGGACCUGGGGGAGGUGGUUGCCCACAGCAACAUGAAACUCACCCUCAACGUCUAUGAUAAAGAUGUCUUGUCGAAAGACCAUCUAGGGACCUGCCAGGUGCCUCUGAUCUCUGGUGUCACCGAUCUCACCUGCCACCUUAAGCAUGGCAAGGUCACCUACCAAUUGUCCUUCAUCUGUGGCCACCACUUGCAGGGUCGCACCUGCCAACAGUAUGCCCCAAGUCCUGGGGCCCGUGAGUUCACUGGGCUCCUGUGGACCAACAAGUCCUUCCACUCGUCUGACUCCCCCAUCGCCCUUCCCUCAGGGAGUGCCCUUCUCAAAGUUAUCUACCCCUAACCUUUGACCUCUCACCAACCUCACUCCCAGGUCCAACGCUGCUUCCUAUUGCCACAGUACUGCUAUCAUACCACCCUCCCCUCUUUCCCUCUCCCCCAUUCAUCAUUCCCAUUGCCCAGAUAUUUGCCCUCUAUUCUCCAUGACCCUGUACCCAUCAUCCUCGGUGUCUCAUCAGUCCCAUUGCCCUGACCUUUCCCCUCUCACCCCAAGGAACAAUUCUCUCCAGGACUCCUUCAUCACAUUCAUGCCCAUGAACCUCCAUUACCGAGGUCACAUUGUCUUCAGUUCAAUCUCCUGACCUUUGCACUAUCACCCUUAAUAGUCCAGGUCACAAUAUCUCACACUCCCCCAGUCUCAGCCUCUGAGAGAGAGAUCCCACAUUUCACUCACACCUCACCAAUUCCUCAGAUUCUCUGGGCACUAGGAAUUCCCAGUGGGAAUGGGAGUCCCGGCUUGCCUGACUGCACCAAGCUUUCAGGCACUGGUGUUUGAGGGUACAGGGUGGGAAGGCUAUUGAGGACACAACCUCUCUGUAUCUGUCAUAUUGUCACUGUAUCACCACAGCAGAAACCCGUCACCCCAACAAAGACCUGUAUUGGAGGGAAGGUGCCCAAACCAGCUUGUCAAACCGCAGGCAGCUUAAUGGCUUGAGCAUAACGUCAUUUACAGAUCCGCUAGACCCGUGCAGGAGGUGACUGAGAGCAGGCUCCAUUUCCCAUAAUCCUGUUGCUGACAGAGGACCAACUGGAGAGUCUCCGGCUGACCUGUGUCCCAGAACGGGUGGCAUGUCGGAGCAGGACCAUCAUCACAGGAACAUCGUACACCUCCCUGUGCACGAGAAGCUUUGCAAAGAGAUGCUUUGGAGACAGAAGAGAUUGUCUGAUUGCCUCCUGCCUUCUUUGUACAACUUUGUUUUUACAAUAAACAUCACUGA